UCAGUUAGAUCCCAGUCGACUCCAGUACCAAUCGUGCUGAACACGGCAACGCCGAUCUGUUUUGCUCCAUUUUCAACUAGAGAGACAGCCGAUCCUAGAGUCGGCUGUGGUUAGAUCUCAAACUUAAUUCAGCUCAAUCUAACUUUAAAUUCCUACUUCGUGCUGAAGGCUAGUCAGAAACAUGUGCUUCAUAUUAUUAUAGAGUAUUUCAAUCUAAUAAGAUAUUAAAUUUAUAUUCUGAUUUUAUUACGCUAUAUAUAAGAAAUUACUAAUUACUGAGUAAAUUGGAAUGCAAUAUUUAUCGUAUUCGACGGUGUUUAAAUGUUACAGGCCUAACCAAUAAUUGUAAUUUAAUUUGUAAAUUAUUUGGAAAUAGAAUAUUCUGUUAUAUUUGAUAUGAAUUAUGGCUAAUAUAAUGGAUUCAAUAUCGAACAUACUUGGCAUUGAUAAAGUAAAUAUGGAUGGAAAAUUAAUUUGCAUAGAAGAACAACAUGAUAGUAAUGCAAGCUUUUUAUUGAGUUGUGUUAUAUUUAAUGCAUUAAAAAAGAAUUAUCGAAUAUGUUUUAUAUUAUUUCAUAAUACAAUGAAUCAUUAUCAUAAUAUGGGUGUGAAAUUUGGUUAUAAUCUUAUGUUAUUGAAAGAAAAACAUAAAGUUACAGUUAUAGAACCAAUGAAGUUUAUUGUAUCUAAUAUGGGAUAUACAUGUGAACAAACAGCGAACAAUAUUAUUCAUGAUAUAUUUUUAACUAUUAAAAAUGAGUAUGACAAAAUAGUACAAAACAAUGAACCUGUUACUAUUAUAAUGGAUGAUUUUAGUCAUAUUUAUAAUCUUGGAUGUAAUUUGAGAGAAUCUACAUAUUAUGUAAGAUAUUUAAGAUCACUUGUUGAAUAUUACAACAAAUCUCAACUUUGUAUUAUAACACACACCUAUAAAGAUGAGCCAAAAAAUUCUGUUUCUAAUAUAUUUGCAUAUGGGCUUAAACACAUGGCGGAUUUAUUUGUUAAAAUUGAGCCUCUAGAAACAGGAUAUUCUAGUGAUGUAUCUGGAAAUAUAACAAUUAAUUGGAAAAUGGAUGAUAUUAGAACAAAAUAUAAUUGGUCUGAAGUAGCAAGAUAUAUAUAUAAGUUAUCAGAUCGUCAAGUACAAAUUUACACACCUGGUGCAUCAGCUUUAUUAGCAUAAAGCAAGUUUUCUGGAAACUUAUUUAUAGUUCUAUAUGAUAUGCAUAUAUAUAGAAAAAUAGUAAUAAACCAUUUUGUAAGUUUGCUAUAUAUUUGUUUUACUUCUAUAUUACUAAAAGAAAUGAUAGUACAUAUCUACUAUCACUAAAUUCUUAAUCAUUCAUAUUUUUUUAGAUUCAAUAAGUGGUACAUAAUUCUGAAUUUUAUUAUAACUUUUUAAAUUAUAAUUUCGUAAUUUAUAGUUACAAAAUUGAUCUUUGUGGUUUGUUUUAAUUUAUUAAAAUAAUUAGGAAAAUGGCAAUAGCAACAAUAAAAAUAUCAUAUUUAAAAAAUUGGAAUGGAAACAGAUGUAAUUUUUAAUAAUGGAUAAGUCCUCUAUCAUAAUUAUUUGCAAUUUGCAAUUUGUGUAUCAUAUUGUAUCUUAUAACAUGCAACAUGUCAUCUGUACUUACAUUAUAUACAAUACUUGUAUGUAUGCAGUACAGUAUAAAAUAUAUAUUAAUUUGUAGCAGAA